UGCCAGAGUGCGUUCAGGCUGCGCGGUGUCGGACCGAAACCACCGGGGUUCCCAAAAAAUACACUGAGGGGGACGCGCGCGCGCACACACACACACACACACACGUCGGAUACACGCAGAGAAAGAGAGAGAUACACACCGACGGAUGGCGGAGCAGAGCCAAAGAAAAGACUCUCCUGCGUAAAACAAGAAGGAGAAGAGGAAGAAGAAAAAAAAAAGGGGGUCUCGCUUUCGCCCCGCGUCUUUUUUCUCGCUUCGGCGUCACUGGAAGAGGAAACCCCGAGGACAGGUGCACUUAUUGAUAUGGAUUUAUUCAUUUAUUUAUGUAUUGAUUUUGCUCUAAUUAGCGACCCGCGGUAGAGACGGAGGAGAGAGAGAGAGAGAGAGAGAGAGAGAGAGGCAGCACCGGGAGGAGAGGGAGGAGCGAAGGUCGGGACAGGAGGUGCCUGCGUCGUACACAACCUCAUACUUUAUCAUUUGAUUAUUUCUUUUCUUUUUUUUUUACCAAAUAAUGCGUUUGCCUGUUUUAUUUCGUGUGCGUGCACCAGCCAGCUACUAACCAAAUCUUUACGCGAACCAAAAAGAAAAAAAAAGACAAAAAGCAGCAGCAACUCCAGCCCUGCCAGCAGCUUGUCCACAUCGUUUCCAUACCGAGGAUUCCCCGGUGGACAGUUGCUUGUUUGAGGACUUUUCGUGACAUUGCAGCAGCAGGAGGAGGAAUCCGUCCCUGUUCUUUUGCCCCCAAAGAGAAACCAAAGCGAACCGAGGAGCAGGAGGAGGAGGAGGAGGACACCGACUGCGAGGCACCUGCGUCUUUUACGCACAGCUCGCCCGGAGCCCGCGAACGGAAUCUAACCGUGUCUGCAGCCGAGAGGACCGGAGCAGCAGCUGUAACUGCACCGUGGACUCACAUUCAUGGUGCGAGAUGGUCACAGACAUCAUCCAUUGUCCGGACACGUGUUAGCCCGCGUGGAUCAACACCGGUCUCUCUCUCUCUUUUACCAAAGCAACAGCAACAAAAACCAGCUCGUCGCUGCGCGCCCCUGCACAUCCUUCUCCCAGCGUGUGUGUGUGUGUGACUAGUUUACUCCGAGAAGACACGAGGAAGAGGAGCAUAACAUCCAUCUGCACUCCAGAGAUAAUCCAAAAAAACCAACCCCACAACAGAGAGAUGUGAGACACCGAGGGAAGAAACCAAAAACCAAAAAGCCAAAAACCGAGUCUCCAGUCUCCAAGCGUCUUUACACAAACCUGGAGAGCAGAAUCGACGAAGAACGACGGAAGGACAUCGGAUGAGAGAGGACGAAAGAGUGAGACUAAAAUAAAAAAAGAGAAACUACAACAACGACGACCCCCAGGUCGACAGAGGACCAUGUUUGUCCCCCUGCCGGUCCCCUUCGUCUUUCAGAGAACAGCGUCCGACUUCAGCGCCUGGAGACUCAAGUCCUCGCUGGCUCCAAGGUCCAGCCCCGAUAUCAGGAUGUCUAAAGCAGGAGAGGAGGAGAAGCCCGGGGCUGAAUAUCCAGGGGACAGUUCAGACUCUGACAGAAACAGCCCUGAUGACCAGGUCCAGCCAAUGAAAACCAGCCCCUACAGCCUCUCUCCCACCCCGGCUGGCAGCAAGGUAAAGAGCGAGGAGAGCUCAGAGAUGAUCCACAGCACUGCUCCUCCUGCAACUCCCUCCCAACAACAACAACAACAACAGCAGCAACAACAACAACAACAACAACAACAACAACAGCAGCAACAACAACAACAGCAACAGGCCCAGCACCACCACACCCAGCUGAUGCUGGCUGGCAGUCAGCUCGCAGGGCUCGCCGCUCUCCUCCCGGCCCAGCAGCAGCUGCUCCUGCAGCAGGCUCAGGCUCAGCUCCUGGCGGCCGCCGUUCAGCAGUCGAACGCCGCCGCUCACGCCGCCCACGCCGCCCACGCCGCCGCGCAGCAACAGGCCAACCAGCAACAUCAGCAGCAGCAGCAGAACCAAUCACAGUCGCAGCAGCAGCAGCAGCCAAUCAAACAGGAGCAAACAGUCCAAGCCCCGCCGCAGAUGACCAUGUCGCAGCCAAUCCAGCUCACAGCGCAGGACAUCCAGCAGCUGCUGCAGCUCCAGCAGCUGGUGUUGAUGCCGGGUCACCACCUCCAGUCCCCUGCCCAGUUCCUCCUGCCUCAGCCCGCUCAGGCUCAGCAGCCACAGCAGGGUUUGCUUUCGACACCAAAUCUGAUCCAGCUACCUCAGCCAAGCCCGGGGGGGCUACUGACAUCCCCACCUCGCCUGGGACUCCAAGCACAGAGAGAGAAGAGCGGCGAUGCGGUCGGUGGAAGCGGCGGCGGCGGCUCUAUAGGUGCGACCGGCAGCGGCGGCGUGGUGACGUCCGUCGGAGCGACCUCCGCGUCCAGCAGCGCCAUGUCCUCCUCGAUGACCUCCAGCUUGACCCCUGGAGGCCACGUGGGUCACAUGGGGGAAGAGCCCAGCGACCUGGAGGAGCUGGAGCAGUUUGCUCGCACCUUCAAGCAGCGACGCAUCAAGCUGGGAUUCACACAGGGAGACGUCGGCGUUGCCAUGGGCAAACUGUACGGCAACGACUUCAGCCAGACGACCAUCUCCCGCUUCGAAGCUCUGAACCUCAGCUUCAAGAACAUGUGCAAGCUGAAGCCGCUGCUGGAGAAGUGGCUGAGUGACGCAGAAACCAUGGCGGUCGACAGCAUGCUGCCCAGCCCCUCCUCCCUCUCCUCCCCGUUGCUGGGGAUCGAGGGGCUGCCCGGCCGACGCAGGAAGAAACGCACCAGCAUCGAGACCAACGUGCGCGUGAUGCUGGAGCGCAACUUCCACACGAACCAGAAGCCCACGUCGGAGGAGAUCCUGCUGAUGGCCGAGCAGCUCAACAUGGAGAAGGAGGUGAUUCGCGUCUGGUUCUGCAACCGCCGGCAGAAGGAGAAGCGCAUCAACCCGUCCAGCAGCACCACCCCUCCCCUGCCCAGCCAGACCUCGCCCGUGGUGACGCACAAAGCCCCCUGCUACAGCCAGCACAUGAUGUCGAGUCACGGCCUGUCCCAGGUCACCACCAGCCUCAGCACAACAGCUGCCAGUUCGUCACCGUCAGCAUCCUGCCCCAUGACGCCCGUCAGCUCGGCCGCGGUCGGAUCCAGCUCCUCCUCCGUGACUCCCCCGCCUCAUAGCACAGCCAGCCCCGCCCCUCCGGGCCUCGGGGCCCACGGCCUCAACGCUGGGAACACAUUGAUGGGAGUAAGCACAGGGAUGAACCAGGCCCUCAUUGGCAGCAAUCCCCUGGCCACAAUGCAAGCCCUGGCAGCCAGCGGCGGGCAGCUGCCCAUCACCAGCCUCGACGGAAGCGCAGUCCACAACAUGCUGCUGGGCGGAUCUGGUGUCCCCCCGUCUCUUCGCUCCUCCCUGUUCCUCAACCGCCCCACUCUCCUCCCCAUGGUGACCAGCUCCAUGGUAACGGCCUCCACGCCCUCCCUGGGACUGGUCAGCAGCAGCGCCGGGGGUGUCCCGAGGCCCUCCUUCUCCCAGUCCCCGCAGCCCGGUGCCGGCGACCUCAUGAGCCCGACCUCGUGCCCCGAGGAGUCCGCUUCUCCCUGUUCCAGUCCCGCCUCUUUCUGUUCCUUCAGCGAAGCCUCGCCGCCGCCACUGGGAGGGGCCAUGGCCGAGUGAUCCCUGACUGACGGCCAGAGGAUCCCAUCAGAGGAGGACGAGGAGGAGGAAAAGAGUGUAAGAGGAGCUUUAAAAAAAAAAAAAAAUCCAAAUUUACAACCUCGCCUUUCAACCAAAGCCAUCUGUCUGUCUGACCCGUCUGUGAUCCGUCUCUCGGUGAGUCUCCCCGCUGACGUCCUCUGAAGCCAAAAAUAUACCCAGACGAGUGAGGAGGGGGAAGCACUGAGAGCGGGAGGAUGGAGAGGACGGAGAGACCUGCAGAAUGGAGGGGGAGAAAUCUGAAACCAAAUAAUGAUCCACAGCUGGAGACGUGGCGCUGCGUAGUGUUUUUGCUCGGCAUCGGGGGAACGAGCCCCAAUGCCGCUUUAAUGGCUGGAGAGAAAGAAAAAAAAGGAGAGGAACUCGAUGAGGGCAGGGAUGAGACCUGGACCUGUGUGAGAGAUGGGAGGCAGACGGAGAAAAGACUUGUUCGACGAGCUCAGAAGGUCAGGAAGUUGGCCGCAAGCAAAUUUUGAAGAGAAAAGAGAAGAUGCCAGACGAGAAACACACACCUACAAAGAUGAAAAACCAAAAUCUCCAAAUACCAAAAACUGAAAACCAAAUAACAAAAGACAAAAAAACAAUAAACGGAGAGAAAAGCUUUAGUUCAAAGAGACUUUAACAUUCUGAUCCGUCCAGGAUCGGCUCACUGCUUCAUCCCGACGUCACGCCGAGACAUUUUCCAUUUCACUCAGGAUCUCCCUUUCCUUUUGUUUUACUUUGAGUUUUACGAAACAUGUAUUUUUCUAUUAUUUUGAAUCGAUCGCUCUUUGUGGUAUUCCGUGUCGAAUACGUACAGCUUAAUGUUUUACAGCUAAUCCCACAUGCAGGGUAUCUACCUACCUCUCUCGUGACCGCUUUACCAUGACAACACGGUGUUUGUUUUAAUCGGCCUGGCGUGGCAGACGGGUGGAGUUUACUACUAUAAUCACUAUAGGGUCAGGUGAGAUGCCAAUCCAUACAUACACGUAGUAAAAGUCUAGACUUGUAGAGCUUUCCCGAGCUCGCUGGUGUUCAUCGAAUCCAACCAUGCGGUGCAAUCCACCCGUCUGGCAGAUGAAUGGGCCGAGAGCAACCGUACACGCGGAAAAAUUAAUUUAACCGUGGUCUUUUUUUAAGUGAAAAACUACUGUGAUGGUCGAAUUUGUUAGUAUCAAGUGGAAUCUUGGGAUUGUUUACAUCGUCAUUCUUUUGUCCACGGGGAGAAAUUUCAAGCAGGAUUUUCAUCAAUACGUGUGCUGCCCACAGACACGUGGACAAACUGUGUAUGGAUUUGAUUUUUUUUUCCCAGCAUAAUUUUCCCUUCUUUUAUUUAUUAUCACCCCCCCGCACCAUCAUCACGUCAUAUUCCAGACUGCUCAUCCACCACCAGACAGUCACUCUUGGAUACCAAAGCAUCGCCUCUGGCAGCGUUGUCUCUGGAUUCGCCCGGGAGACGAGUGUCCAGACAAAACCUCAGCAGUGUCAAAGGGAGAAAACACACACACACACACACACACACACACACACACACACACACACACACACCACAAGCAUAAGAAGGAGUCCAAACCAAAAAAAAAAAAAGAACAAAAGAAAGAGAGGUGAAGCACCGGCGUUCCCCUUGCUGCCCCCGAACCCCUGCCCUCCGCUCCCCCCCCCCCCCCCCCCCCCCUCCAUCGGCCCCUCGCCUUUGUCUCCAAAGAUCAGAUGAAAGGGCCAAAAUAACAUGAGAGGGCGGGGCGAGAAGAAGAAGAAGAAGAAGAAGAAGAAAGGGAGGAGAAAGAGAAGUGGUCAGGAGCGGAGGAGCCAAGGGUUUGAAGAGCUGCAGGGGAAAGAAAGAAAGAAAGGAAGAGGAGGAGGAGGAGGAGGAGGAGAGGAAGGAGGGAGGGAGGGAGGUGCGCCCAGAGCGGCGGACUGAAAAACCAAAAAGUAAACCCAAAACCAAAAGCUACUACUACUGCUACUGUACCUAUGAAUGAGUGACUGAACUGUAACUAAACCAAAUACAAACAAAGAGGGGGAGCACCGGGGGGAGUAAGGCCCUGUCUGUCCGUUUGUCUUUAACUGUGAUUGCCGUUCUCGUAUCGACAGACAGAAAUCGUUCCCUCCCUCCCUCCCUCCCUCCGCCGGCGACCUCGGCUUUGUUCUCGCUUUCUUUUCCUUUUUCCUGGACGGAUAAAGAGAAGGAGUAACCUCAACAAACUGACUUUGAGAGUAUAUAUAUUUUGGUCUUUUGCUUUCCAUAGUGUGUCUGUUAAUGAUGUAUGGAUUUGUCUCAUUGCUUUCUACUUAUUAUGCGGCGGGAGGGAGGGGGGAGGGUGGGAGGGGGGCGGGAUGGGCGACGUGUUGCCCUAUUUUCGUAUCUUCUUGUGUCUUCGGUUGUGCUCUGGGGUUUUUUUUUACAUUUUUUUGGGACACUACUGUGAAAAUGUAGCUUCCAGGAUGAAAAAAAAAAUGUGUUGAGUGUUUUCGUUGAUCCAGAGCGUUGUUGAAAAAGCCAAAACUGAAAACCAAAAGCAAAACUUUGUAGAGACACAACCAUACCAAAUAGAACAACCAAACCAAACCAAUGCACAAAGACGUACAAGUGGCUCCGCUGCAUGUGAGUGUGUGUGCGCGCGUGUGUGUGUGUGGGAGUGUGUGUGUGUGUGUGUGUGUGUGUGUGUGUGUGUGUGUGUGUGUGUGUGCGUGCGUGCGUGUGUGUGCGUAAUGAUUCUUUUGCAUACAAACCAAACCGUUAAAAACUCGUUUUAGUCAGUUAGCAGCUACACUCUGGCCCUUUUCAACCUGGACCUGUUUCCACAUCCAACUCAUCGCCUCACACUUGUUCAGCCCGCGUGGCGCCUCGUGAGCGAUGCACACAUUCAGUUUCUAGUUCACGUGUGAUCAGAUGAGCGCGGUGUUGAAAGAGACAAAGGCCCGCUUCUCUCGACAAGUGUUCUUUAAAUGACAACAAUGGUGGCGUCGAACACUCCGGAACAUUUGCGUGCAAAUUCCCGUCAUUGAUUCCCCACUAUUUUCCAGAAUGUGGUUUGAUAUAUAUAUUUCUCAGCGUCCAAGCAGCCACUGGUUUCUCUUCUCUUCAUUCCAGUAUGAAUGAAAAUCCUUUUUGCAGAAACUUGAAACGUCCUCCCCAAAGGCUGGACCCCAUUUUAAUGACGUGUUCUGUGAACUGGAAACCAAAACCCGCUCAUUCUAACUCAGAUUUAAAGACGCCCUGUGCGUGGGGGAACACUUUGUUCAAAUGAUGCCGUGUUGACAUCUUUUUACCAGCUGACAGUCUUUUUCACUGCCGUCGUCGGCACAAUUCUACCACCCACUGCCGACCAGCACAAAUGGCUAAUGGCUAAUGGAUAAUGGCUAAUGGAUAAUGGAUAAUGGAUAAUGGAUAAUGGAUAAUGGAUAAUGGAUAAUGGCACCGCAGAUGUGCACAAUACCAUCGUAGAUGGAGGGCCACAAAAACAUUGCUCAACAGCGCUGCUAGUGGUCAAAAUCUCCCACGGCGCACCUUUAACAUCCACGUUGCCACGACGUGCACGUUUCCUUCAGUGCGUCGACGAGGGCUUCUGACGGAGCAGAUGAUAACGAAGCGUCGACGGACAGAGUUUGAGUUCCGCCUCUUGCGAGUUUCAGAGCUCUGCGAGAAGAUCCUCUCGCCGUUCUGACAUUGGCAGUGAAAGCAAACCCGUAUGUGAAAUAUGUCUGGAAAAUCCAUCUCCUUUGGCCAAUGGUCACCAGUAAAGCAUCUUUGAUAUAUAAAAAAAAAAACAGCUAAAAAGUUUACAGUGGAGCGGUUGAUGUUGUUUUCAGUCCCUCUGACGGGCGGAGAUGAGGAAACGGAGGCCAGGUUGAAAACAAACAGGGUCAAGCUGCAAUAUACACAGACGCAGGUCCUGAAGGCAACCGGCGAUAAAGAUGAUGUGGGGGGGGGGCGUCUGAGACGCAUGGAAGCCUGUUGACGUAAACUUUUAGAUGGAACGUAUCCAUUAGUUCUCAUAGGUUCUCGUAGGGGGAAAAUAUUAUAUGUUCAACUGCUCGUACUUGUUGCCGAUGUAUAAAGAGGCCGAUGACGAGCGAAGGCGACGACUCGAUUUAAGAACCAAAAAGCUUUAAAACUCUUUUAUCUCUCACGGGUUCUUUGUUGGGGGAAAAAAAAAAACUAAGUAUUUGUAUUUAUUGUGUAAGGGAGGUGUGUGCUUUUUGGGGGGAUGGGAAGAAUUGAUCCGUUUGUAUUUUAUGAACUUCUUUGUCCCUCAUGUUAUUUAUUUAUUGAUUGAUUUUGUUCUAUUUAUUUAUGUAUUUAUUGGAACCUGUUGAAGUCUUUCUUUGUGUUAGCUUGUUCAGGGGUUGUCGCGAGGCUUGUUCUUGAGAUCAAGACGAGGGGGAGAAGAUGCCAAACGAAUGUGUCAAAGCAAAACCAAAACCUACAGACUGUUGUAACCCGGAGACGGGGAGCGAGGCGGCGGCGAGGAAAAACUGUGGCGGAGGGAAAAUGUUGCUUUUCAAUUGUCCACCGAAAUCACAUAUUGAAAUCAAACCCGACUUGGCGAGUGUGUUACUGCUGCUGUCUUUGGUCCGUCACGGUUACUUCAAUGUUAAAUUCGCAUUUUGGAUCAGCGAAUACGUCGCAAGCUUUUUUCAUCGGGUGAUAAAUAUAACAUAUAAUAGAUAUAAAUUAAUAAAAAAGUAAAUAUCUACAUUUUGCAAAGGAUUAGCAGAACAUUUAAUAUGUCAUUUAUCCCGUUUGCUAGUUUGGCAGCUAGUGAUACUGUCGUGGCCUGUUUACACUUUAUACGGUGGAAAAACAUGUAUAACGCAACCUCAUUUUGUGAAUCUAAAUUAGCUGGGACUAAGAACGGACUCACCACAGAAACUUAGUGACUGAUUUACGGCCGCGGCGCAGGUGGAUUGUCUCUGUAGCUCCGGGACGUGUAACAAGUACGGCAGGCUACGUCACUGAUCUGACCUUUGACCCAGCUCCGUUUCGCACGCUCCCAAAAACUGGUUCCACUGGCUGUGCUCGAUAAUUAUCAGUUAUUUUUGCCACAUGCUUUUCUUUGAAAUCCAACAUGUCUGUCCCGCCGCGUUGAAUUCCCUCGCGUCUCCUCCUCCUCCGCUCUCCAACAGAAAAAAAAAGGAAAGAGAGGAGCUUCCCCUCGGCUCCCCCGCUCCAGGACGAGGGCUGUAUAACUCAUACCUCUGAUGCUCUUGACGGAAAACCAAAUAGAUAUUCAAGCUUUAACAACUUCAGAAAAAAGGAAAAAACAAAAGAGGACGCGGCGGUGUCUGAACUCAGGAGCGAGGGGAUGUGGAACUGGCCCCAGAGAGUCACAAAGAUCUUUUCAAUAAGCAGUCGUUCUUAUGGCUUUACUCUCCCGGGACACACUCUCCUCCUGAGUUCAGGGAGGUGUGGCUGUGCGUCGUAGAGAGGGAGGUGUGUGUGUGUGUGUGUGUGUGUGUGUGGGUCCAUCGCUGCUGUCGGAGGGGAAAACACUCGGACUCCAGGUUUUUACUCGCUCGACUCCACUGCAGAGCUCAAACACGUGCACGGAUGACAGGCUGCGGAAAAGAACCCUAUUUAUAUUGUUACGAGUUGAGUUCCUUGUUGUGUGUGUGUGUGUGUGUGUGUGUGUGUGUGUGUGUCUCUCUCCGGCAGCAGUGCAGCUCCGACUCUGUGUGCCUGUGAAGUCAGAUUGAGCCGUGGUGGACAUAGAAUGAUACCAAAGUUAAAAAAAUACACAAAAAAAACUACCACAGUGAAACGCUACACAACAAACACAACACACACGCACACACACACACACACACACGCACACUCGGGGCGGCUCCAUGUGUACAUAGACAUUCAGGAUUUCUCGUUAGGGACUGUAACUGAUGAAAAUCAAGGACAUCCAGCGCCUGACGUUAGUAUUAAAAAUACUGUCAGAUAAUAAGAGCACUUCAGGCCUUGACACUUGUUGUUUGUUUUUUUACCGUAGUUCUUCUGUGGCUGUGAAUGUUAAUUUUUACUGCUCAACUUUCAAAGUCACCGUAGAUUAUAAGAGACUCUUCUUUCUUUUUUUUCUUUCCUUUGGCCUCGAGAACACAAAAUGUAAUAGCCAAUAACAGAUAGUGGGAAUAAAAUUGAAUUUAAAAAAAGAAAAAGAGAGAAUAACUUCAGUCGAUUUUAGUUUGCCCCCGUGUUAUUUGUUGAUUCAUUUUUGGAGAAAUUCUAAAAGAAGCGUUUUCAUUUCUAUUUUUUCUACAAUGCAGCUUAAAUCCAAAGGUUAAGAGGACGGCAACGAUAGAUUUUACUGCUAGAGAAAGAAAAAAAAACCUCAAUAGUGAAAACCAAAGAGUUCCACUGUAUCUUCUCACCUUGAUUUUCUUCUUUUUCUAUCCGCAUUGUACAACGCCCACGUUUCUACGACGGCUCCGCGCGUGUUCUUUUAAUAAAGCCUAAUGAUAAUGACGGUGGCGGCGGUGAACAUGAAAAUGAUGACGCGAACACUUCUCUGUAAGCUUUAGUAUCUGUUUUUCGGGUCCUUUCUCUGUUUUGAAGUCUGCUCACGACAUGCUGUACGUCGACCUGGAGGCUCUCUCUGUCUCACUUGGUUCUAUGACUUGAUUUUGUUGGAAAAAAACGUCUGGGUUUUGAAACUGUUCUCCACUGUCCCUUGACUCAUCGCUAUCUGUGUGCCUGUUGUUUUGGGGGCCAGGGAAACGGGGACAAACACCAACCUGUAAGUGUUAGGAAUAAAGUGCGAAUUUAGACCAAAGUCA